AUGGGUUGUGGAAUUUCUCAAAAUAUUUGCAAACCAAAACUUAUCCUUGAAGACAAUAGCGAAGCCUUUCAGCAGGACCUCACCUGCUACACACCAAAAACCAAAGCCAAUUCUCCAAAUGCUAACUACAAAACAAAGCUACCUGAAACUCGAGGCAGCUUUGAAUAUAAAGUAAAAGGGGCAACUUAUCAGAUAAUUGUCAGCAAUAUGAGAACACCAGAUGCAUCACAGGUAUUUGCUUAA